AUGGGCACCACCUUCUUCGUCACGCACACGGGCACGUUGGAAGUGAGCGUCAAUGGCAAUGUCGUGAACACUCUCAUGGAAGGUCAGGCGUUCGGUGGCCUUGCGUUGCUGUACAACUGCCCCAGGACGGCGACGGUCAAGGCGCUGAUCGAUGCUGGAGUUUGGGGCGCCAAUGGGCACAACUUCAAGCAGGUCUUGGCACAGAAUGCGGCCAACCGCCAGGCAGACAACCUGAAGUUCCUGGACUCCAUCAAGGUCUUCGAUGGUCUGAACCAGAAGCAGAAGGACCAGAUUGCCUUGUCCGCGCUCAGCGAGUGGUUCGAUGCCGGGCAGCGCGUGGCCACGCAGGGCGAGACGCUGGCGGCCAUUUACUUCGUGAAGAAGGGUGGCUUGAAAGUGAUGACUGGUGGAGAGGUGAAAGCCGAUGGCAAGUUCUCCGGUGGCAACGAGGAGCACCACCUGUCCUCGGGUGAAUACAUUGGCGCCGCGCUGCUCUUAAGUGCCAAGACCAGGCCGAUGUGGGAAAACACCUUGCUGGCCGAUGCAAAGACGGAGCUCUUGUGCAUCAGCGUGAAGGACUUGAAGGAGAUCUUGGGGAACAAUUUGGCCAAGAUUCUGGAGACGGCCUUGGUCAACAAGGGUUUAAGGAUGUGCCCGGUGAUGUCGCAGUUCUCCUCGACGCAGCGGAAUGACAUUGCGAAAGCCAUUGUCAUCAAGGAUCUACCUGCCGGUGCUGCAGUGCAGGAAGGCGUCCGUUACAUCGUCGUGUUGGAGGGCUCCGUCACCGGAAUGCACAAAGAAGAAGAGGUCACGCUGGAGAGGGCCCAGUGGCUCGAAGAUGGUGGGCUUUUGGAAUCCGAAUCCUCUGCUGAGGCGAAGUCUGAGAUCAGGAAUGGCGCGCGCGUGGGCUUCUUGACGAAGGAGGGCCUCUUGUCGGCUCUCAAGGAGCUGGGCCUGGCAGCCAUCGGCAAUGCUGAGGAGGCCUCGGAUCUCACCCGGAAGCUGAUCGUCGCGAAGAAGGCGCGGGAAGCGAGCUCCGAGAGGAGGUCGGUGACCUCCCCCGAGUGUUUUUGA